AUGCUCACUGGCAUUCCUUCUGACGAAAUGAACACGGAGACUGAAAGAUUUAGAGAACCUGGAACAUUUUGCGGUGAAGUCGGGGAUUUGAUUAUAAAAGUAUGCUCUGACAUACUUCAAGUGCCCAUAAUUGUUGUGACCAGUAUCAAUGGUUCCCCUUACGUGCCAUUCAUACCCGACGACGCACUGAUCACCAAUGCCAUCUACAUAGCAUAUACCGCAUUUGGUCCAGGGCACUAUGAUGGCACCCUUCCUGCUGAAAAAGAUACAGGUAACAUGGCUAAGCCCGACAACAAGAGAGUUAGUGUGCUUGUUGCCCUGUGACGAGUGAAAAUCUGCAAAGUUUUAAACUUUGAUGCUCCCCCAGAGCCACAAAUCUCAAAAAAAUAAAUAGUUUAAUGGGAGGAUCAAUAAUAAAAAUAAUAUUAUUCUAGGGGAAAAGUUGCUUUUAAAUCUUAAAUAAAAGUCCCAUCAACAUAAGGAGAAUUAGUAACAUUUCUGAGGGUUAUCCUCAAAACGCAGAAUAGUAAAAUAUAUAUCCUAUUGGUAUUUAAUUUGGAGGAUUUAAGACUUACAAAUCCCUAAAUUUAAGACCCGCGAUUUGAAAUCCUAUCAAUACGCCGUCUAUCAAAAGUAAAUUCCCUUGAGGGGGUUUCUUAUUUUUCUAUUCAAAAAACCCGCGAAAAAUACCACAAUUUAUAAGAAUAUUUAACAAUUAAUCCUCGAGCCCGAAUGGGCUCAGAGUCAAUAGCCCAUGAGGCCCGAAGGCCGAAUGGGCUAUUUACUCAGAGGCCAUGAAGGCGAGAGGAAUAAUUGUUUUAGUAAAGUUCAACUAGUUGGUCAAAAAACCCGAGACCAAACAACUUUAGCGAUAGAUAGUUAAAGGUCGACUUUUUUGCCUCCAAAAUCCGGCGCUUUUCGCUACUUUUGGGCUAUAACAUAUAGCCUAGUAGUAGCUCAACCAAUGAGAAUGUACCAUUGAUAACAGACCACUAGCUGUCUUUUACUAAUAUCGUACAUACUGUCUCGCCAAAAUCGAGAAGUUUAGUAUCUGCAAAAUUAACUAAAAGUUAGAUACUGAGUCAUUUCUUAAUGCUGAAGAGCUGAACGAUCAACGGAUUUUUAUUUUCAUCUCCUUUCAAUAUAUUUUUUCACAGCGUCGACACUAACAGAGACAAAGAGACUUGUGUGUUCGUGUGGCAAGAAUAAUAAAGAAGAUCAGGACUCUUGUAUUCCGACCGUGGAU